UCUCUCUCCUCCCUCCUCUCCAGCCCCUAGAUCCCUCACAGGCUCCCUCCCUUCCACCCAGGGAGCAGUGCUUUGGGAUGUUAGAGAUGCGGCCCCGUGUACUUCUAAGGUGGGAGGGGGCGCCAAGCAGAGGAGAAUAUCAGACGCUCAGGCGUUCCCUUCUGGCUGACGCUCUUCUCUGGUUCCGCCAGGGCUGGUCUGUGUAAGAAACGGACGGAGCAGAGGCAGCUGGGAGAGGAAGAGGCUGGGGAUCGUGAAACCCAAAAAGUCUUGGUGCUCUCAGUUACUGUCCAUAUCGAGUCCGCGGCAGGCCUUCAGCACCAUGGACAGCCGCACCGACCCGGGGAACACCAGCGACUGUUCCGACCUCUUGGCUCCGAGUUGCUCCCCAGCACCUGCCUCCUGGCUCAACUUGUCCCAUGUAGAGGGCAACCAGUCCGACCCAUGCGGUCUGAACCGCACCGGGCUUGGCGGGAGCGACAGCCUGUGCCCUUCGGCCGGCAGUCCUUCCAUGGUCACAGCCAUAACCAUCAUGGCCCUCUACUCUAUCGUGUGCGUAGUGGGCCUCUUCGGAAACUUCCUGGUCAUGUAUGUGAUCGUCAGAUACACCAAGAUGAAGACUGCCACUAACAUCUACAUUUUCAACCUUGCUCUGGCAGAUGCCUUAGCAACCAGUACAUUGCCCUUUCAGAGUGUCAACUACCUGAUGGGAACGUGGCCCUUCGGCACCAUCCUCUGCAAGAUCGUGAUCUCAAUUGAUUACUACAACAUGUUCACCAGCAUAUUCACCCUCUGCACCAUGAGUGUGGACCGCUACAUUGCUGUUUGCCACCCAGUCAAGGCCCUGGAUUUCCGUACCCCCCGAAAUGCCAAAAUUGUCAAUGUCUGCAACUGGAUCCUCUCUUCUGCCAUUGGUCUGCCUGUAAUGUUCAUGGCAACCACAAAGUACAGACAUGGGUCCAUAGAUUGCACCCUCACGUUCUCCCACCCUACCUGGUACUGGGAGAACCUGCUCAAAAUCUGUGUCUUCAUCUUCGCCUUCAUCAUGCCGGUCCUCAUCAUCACCGUGUGUUACGGACUGAUGAUUUUACGACUCAAGAGCGUCCGCAUGCUGUCAGGCUCCAAAGAAAAGGACAGGAACCUGCGUAGGAUCACCAGAAUGGUGCUGGUGGUUGUGGCUGUGUUUAUCGUCUGCUGGACCCCUAUCCACAUCUACGUCAUCAUCAAAGCCCUGAUCACGAUUCCAGAGACCACCUUUCAGACGGUUUCCUGGCACUUCUGCAUUGCCUUGGGUUACACAAACAGCUGCCUGAACCCAGUUCUUUACGCGUUCCUGGAUGAAAACUUCAAACGAUGCUUCCGAGAAUUCUGCAUCCCAACCUCCUCCACCAUCGAACAGCAGAACUCCACUCGAAUCCGUCAGAACACUAGAGACCACCCCUCCACGGCUAAUACAGUGGAUCGAACUAACCAUCAGCUAGAAAAUCUGGAAGCAGAAACUGCUCCAUUGCCCUAAAUGGGUUCCAUGCCAUCCAGAACCAUGCUGAGCUUAGAGGCCACCAUCUACUUGGAAUCAGGUUGCUGUUGGGGUGUGUAGGAGGCUCUGGUUUCCUAGGAAACCACCUGAUCCUGCAUCAUUCAAAGUCUGUCCUCUCUGGCUACUUCACUCUGCACAUGAGAGACACUCAUACUGCAUCAAGCACUGGGAAGGAAGAGAUUAUGUUACACCACUGAAUCCGGCUUGUGUACAGAAACACACCCCGUGGACCACAAUACGCUGUGGUAUGUGAAUCAGGGUCAUCAUAGAAGAUGACCCUUCUGUAUGUAGAAUUUCUAUUUUCAAGCAAAUACUUAUGACCUGAUCAAAGAAAAAACAUCAGUUGUUAAAUUCAUUGUAGUAACCCAUAAAGUAAAUGCUACCUCUGACCUCUGACCCAGUCACCUUCUGUGGAAAGUUACAGCCUUUCUAGUCUUUUGUGAGGGAAUACAUUAUGUUUGACCUAUGAUGUUCACCUUGAAAUUAUUGUCUAGUUAAGACAUCAGUGGCACCUCCAUUUCUUGUUUUUGUAUUGUUUGAAAGAACACAGCUUCUUCCUCCCCUGAUUCCACUAUGAAAAU